AUGACUAAGAUUCUUCAGAACGGAGGCGCCAAGGUGACCGAGGUCAAGGCCGCCAUCAGUGUGCUUGGGUCGCGCGCCUUCUCGCUCAAUGCCUGGGGCAUGAACUACGCCUUCCACGUCGACGCGAAUGGCGAUCUGAUUCACGACCAUUUCGGUACACCAGCAGCGGUGCAGCCGACCGAGGUCGGGAACGGGCACAUCUCGGGCUGGGCGACCGGCAUGACCGACGAGAAACGCGAGCUCCCAGACUCAGGACGCGGCGACUUCCGCCUCCCCGCCAUCCACAUUCGCACUGGUGCCGGCCAUACCGUCACCGACUUCAAGUACACCGGAUACCAGGUUAUGAGGGGCAAACCAGAGCUCGAGGGCCUGCCAUCGACAUUUGGUGGCGAUCGGGAUGUCUCGACACUCAUCGUCACGCUCGAGGACGAGGAGAGCGGUCUCGAGGCCACGCUCCGCUACUCGGUCUUCCCGUCACACAACGCGGUCGCAAAGUCGUACACUAUCACCAACAAGGGCAGUGAGGAAGUCGAGAUCAAGCGUGCUGCCAGCUUCACCCUCAACCUCGACGCGGGGGAGUGGGACAUGGUCUACCUUGCCGGAGACUGGGCACGCGAGACUAACCAGGUCCGCCGCCGCAUCGACGUCGGCACCCAGGGGUUCCAGAGCCUGUGUGGAUACUCGUCGCACUUCUUCAACCCCUUCGUGGCGCUUGUGUCGUCGGAGACGAGCGAGACCAGCGGCCCGGCAUACGGCCUUUCAUUUGUCUACUCUGGCUCGUUCGCGGUUGAGGUCGAGCGGUUCGUUACCGACCGCGUGCGCGCCAACAUCGGCCUCAACCCGCUCCACCUCGACUGGAAGCUGGCACCAGGCGAGUCGUUCACCACGCCCGAGUGCGUCGCAGUGUUCUCGGACCAAGGACUCGGCGGCAUGAGCCGCAACCUUCACCGCCUGUAUCGCAACCACCUGAGUCGGUCUGAAUGGACCCACCGCCACCGCCCUGUGCUCCUCAACUCGUGGGAGGGCAUGUACUUUGACUUUGACGCGGAGAAGCUGUACACCAAGGCCAAGGAUUGCGCCGAGCUGGGUGUCAAGCUCUACGUCAUGGAUGACGGAUGGUUUGGCGUCAAGCACCCGCGCACAGACGAUCACGCUGGUUUGGGCGACUGGGUGCCAAAUCCCGACCGCUUCCCGAACGGACUCAAGGACCUGGUGGACCGUGCCACCGCUCUCCAGGUCAGCGGCAGUAAGGACAAGCUCAAGUUUGGUCUCUGGGUCGAGCCGGAGAUGGUCAACCCCCAGAGUGAGCUGUAUGAGGCGCACCCCGACUGGGUUUUGCACGCGGGCAAGCACAAACGGACAGAGCAGCGUAGCCAGCUCGUACUCGACCUCUCGCGCCGCGAGGUGCAGGACUACAUCAUCGACGCCAUUGGGUCCGUUCUCGCAUCGGCGGACGUCUCAUAUGUCAAGUGGGACAACAACCGCGCGAUCCACGAACUGCCCUCGCCCGCCACCGCCCACGCCUACAUGCUCGGACUAUACCGCGUAAUCGACAGCCUCACCUGCCGCUUCCCGCACAUCCUGUGGGAAGGUUGUGCAUCUGGCGGUGGACGCUUCGACCCGGGUCUCCUGCACUACUGGCCCCAGAGCUGGACCAGUGACAACACGGACGCCCUUGACCGCCUGCACAUCCAGUUUGGCACGUCGCUCGCCUACCCCCCAAGCAGCAUGGGUGCACACAUCUCGGCCGUCCCGAACCACCAAACCCACCGUGUGACGCCGCUCGAGUUCCGCGCCCAUGUCGCGAUGAUGGGUGGAUCCUUUGGUUUCGAGCUGGACCUGCAAUCGAUGAACGACGACGAGCGGCGACAGAUCCACAACAUUGUCGCUCUCUCUGAAAAGGUCUCUCCCUACGUUCUGAAGGGUGACCUGUACCGCCUCGCCAGCCCGGAGAGCAACUACCCCGCCGCACUUUUCAUGCUCCCGGACGGUAGCGAGGGCGUACUCCUCGCCUUCUGCAUGCAGUCCCGCAUCCACAAGUUCUCUCCGCCGCUGAUGCUUGCCGGCCUCAACCUCAACGCCGCGUACGAGGUCGACUGCAAGACGUACACGGGGUCGGAACUCAUGCGUUCCGGUCUCAAGAUGAGCUGGGACUCGCGCGAUUACCAGAGCCGAGUUCUGUUUGUCAAGCGUCUUCCUGACAACUGCUAG